ACCUGGCGAGUACUGAGCGUAAACAUGGAAGUUAUUUUUGAAAACGAAGACAGCAGCGAGUCUGCUUCGUGUGUUGUCCAAAUGUGUGUUUGUUCUUAAGAUGUGCCUUAAUGAUGGGCUGUAAAAGCUGAUGCCUGUCAUUGACGGUGGAUUUUUCAGAGCAGGCAGGGCUCAGUUUGACGAAGCCCAAAAGUCCGCGGGGAAGUUCCCGAGGAAAUCCCCUCAGUGCGGAGAUAAUACUCUGCGCCAAAUGUUAAAACACAACUGACCUGCUCGCUACUUUUCUACAGACACACGGCGAGGAGCACAUGCGUCAAAUGCUGGAUUAUUAUUGCUGUUAAAUUACUAAUCUGUUCGCCUUUUACGAAGCCCGCAAUGGAUAGCGUCAGUGUGAGUGCGGAAAAGGACGCGCUGAAGGAGAAAAUGCGCAGUUACAGCACGCUGAACACUCUAUACCACGAAACGCUGCAGGAGAUGAACCUUUUGAACAAAGAAAUCUACAUUAAAGACAACAUCAUAACCGAUUUAAAGGCGAGGCUGGGCACGUACGAGAGGAUCUACAUGACUGUGGGCGAUCAGGAGUCUGUGACCAUCGGACCGUCCAAGUCUCUACUGGAGAGUUUGUGUCAGGAAAUCUGCAAGCUGAAACAAAAGACGAACGAAACAAAGUUAAAGGCGGAUCAACAGGCAGAGGAGAUUCAGCGGCUACACGAGCAGCUCAGAGAGACGGAGCGGGAGCUGGACACGGUCCGGUGCCAGCCGGACCACGAGAAGGACCACGAGAUUCAGAGGCUGCGGUCCGCCCUGCAGGAAAAGGAGCGGGUCGAGGCCACGCAGGUCGUCCUCUGCAACUCGCUGGCAGAGGAGGCUGAUCAGCUACGGGGCCAGCUGGGGGCCACGGUGAAGGUGUGCCAGGAGCUGCUGUCCAGGCUGGACAGGGAGAACAAGGAAGGAGGUGGAAAGGAGCAGAUGGUCCAGCAACAAAAGGCAAAGGAGACGACAGAACCCACCAGCACGACGGGAGUCCACACCCAAAUCUGUCAACUUCAGGAGGAGAACCGACUGCUGAAGCAGCGAGUGUCGUAUGUGGAAGGUCUGAAUUCCAAAUGGCAGAAGUAUGAUUCCAGCAGGGAGGAAUACAUCAGAGGAUUAUGUCAGAGGCUGAAGGACACCACGGGCCACGCUGGCUCCGGCACGGGAGGAGCGGCGUCUGAUCUGAAGCCUGGGCUGUUCCACCAGGAGAUUUCCAGGCUUAACGGUUUACUGGACGAAAAAAUGAGGGAGUGCAUGAGGCUGCGCAGAGACACGGAGGACGUGAGGAGACGAGACCGAGAGAGGAUCCAGACGCUGGAGCAGCAGGUGCUCAUCUACACAGAAGACUUUAAGUCCGAGCGCACCGACAGAGAGCGAGCGCAGGGCCAAAUCGAAGACCUGAAGGAAGAGAUCGAGCAGCUGAAGCAGCAGUUGCACAAACCGGAGCGUCGACAGCCUUCGAAGGGAACAAACGUGGAAAACAGAGAGGUCGUUCCCUUGUGUCGUGUGCAUAUUGGACACAGAAUCGCACCCAGACGUCAUAAAGAGAUGGCGGAGCGUCUGCUGAGGAGCAGCGGCGACGCUCAGAAGCAACCCGCAGCGACGACAGUCAACCCCGACGCGGCCUGGGGCGAAAGCCAAGGCCUGUCAGAGUUACAGUGCCCACGGUGCCUCACCACGUUCAGCGAGCAGGACGCCGCUGAGUACUUGAACCACUGCGAAGAGUGCGCCAAACUCUAAAAAAGACAGACGACGCUGACGAGCAGCACUACAGAUUCCAAUGAGACUUUAAAGGGGUCAAAUUAUACACAUUUUCACCAAGUGUCUGGAAAAACAGGAAAAUUUGUCAACAAAGACACCUAAUGGGCAGUGAGGUGAUGCAUCCUUCAACAAACUCGGGUCUCUAAAAUGUGCGCCGCUGCUGGCCAUGCCAGAUUAUUCUGUCUGGUGGGGGUGUGUCUCACAGAGCAAAGCAGGAGUCCAGAUAUGGACUCGUGACAUAGCUUAAAACGAGGCAUUUCAAGCCAAAAUUUUGCUUAUAGCUUGUACUUUGUGUAAACACAGACAUCAAGUUUUGCUCUGAGAAUGCUUAACCCCACACUCCAAAGAUUUAACUGUAAAAGACAAAAACUGAUUUUGCACAAUCUGAUCCCUUUAAUGCGUUUUGUACAUAGUGAAGACAAACUGUACUUCCCAGAAUUCCCUGCUCAAGGAAAUUUACUUCUUCAGUCCUUAAGUACACCAUCAAAAAAGAAAGAAAGAAAAAAAAAAUCUAAUAUCAAGUUGUGAUAACUUUCAGGAGACACGGGGUCAUCCCCUGUGCCGUGUGGCAAGUUUAUGAAUGGUGAUGCAAUAUACAUCAUAUACCUCAAUGUGGAAAAUUAAAAACAUGUUGCACUUUGACAUUUAGCCAGAAAAUAAUCAUGUUGUCCUACGAUUAACAUGUGACGCAUAAGCUUUUUGUUGUUGUUAGAUAAUAAUGUGGUGCUAUUACUAGUUUCUUGUUGAUUGAGCUUAACACACUUUCUAUAAGUUAUAUAUUCUUAAUAAGAUUUAAAUGUCAUUAUAUUAAUAUUUAUUCUCUGCAUAAAUACUUAGAAAAAAGUGAGUCAGUGUAAUGUUUUAAGCCUUUUUUCCCCACCACUGCCAUUGGAUUGCUUUUCUUAGAGUUUUGCAAUUAAGGGAAAACGGUUUAGAGCUGUGUCGCGAUAACUGACAGUUUGUUCUUGAUCUGACAGAAUAUUUUUGUAAUAAAAAAGUUUACUGACUA